AUGCUGUUUUCCUUUGCUUUCAGCGGCGACGACUUCUCGGACAGCGAGUCUGCAUGUGGCCCGGUCGCCACGCCGCCGCAAGCACCACCCAACAAACAGCCCCAACUGGUGGCUCUCCCACCCAAGGCCCACCGGCUCGAGGACUUGCUCCUGUCGUUGGCCAAUGUGAGACUUUCCUUUGAUAACCACCACACCCCGGGGGGGAACCUUGUCUACAGGCGCCAGCUUUUCGAUAUCAAGCACCAGGUCAUGACCGAGGAAGGGGAGGACGCCAACGAAGUGCACAGCAUCCUCAUCGGCAACUCUUCGGACGAGGUGGACGUGCGCAAGAACGUCUACGAAGGAGGCUUCAAGCUGUGGGAAUGCUCCUACGACUUGGUGGACAGGUUGCACACGCUACAUGAAUCCGGCGAAAUACAAGCCUUUCGAUCGGUCCUUGAGCUUGGCUGUGGCACUGCGCUUCCGACGUGCCACUUGUUGCUGUUGCUCUUUGCAGCGCCAUCGCACUCCCAGCAGUCCACGUUCGUCUUCUCCGACUUCAAUCUUGAGGUGUUGCGCUUGGUCACUCUCCCCAACAUCUUGGUGCAUUACGCGUCCACGCUAGCUGAAGACGUCUUGAAUGGUCUCAUGGACUCGGAAAUCCCCUUGGGCAAUGACGAGAUUCUCCUCACACCUGCGCUCCUCGCCAAAUUCGUCUCUGCGCUCAGGGAGAAGAAUUUGGAGCUUCAUUUCAUAUCUGGCUCAUGGGGCGAGGAGUUCGUGCAGCUUGUCUCUCCCUACUCCCCAGACCUCAUCGUGACCUCCGAGACCAUAUACUCACCCGAGUCGCUCCCUCUAGUUCUGUCCAUGUUGGUCGAUUUGUUGGCAGACAAGCAAACUUACUUGGGCCUUGUUGCUGCGAAGCAAUACUACUUUGGCGUGGGUGGAUCUGUUAAAGAGUUCUUGGACGAUCUAAGCUCCAAGAAACCUUCGUCCAUGGCUGUUGAUGCAACCAGCGACAAUCUUGGUCAACUCAAAAGGGAGAUCCUACUGCUUUAUCCAUCCAAGUGA